AUGGUGCUGCAGAACAAGUACAAAGCAAGAGCAUCUCGAAGGUACGCGGCCACCCACUCAGGUUCUUCGGAAGGUGCAGAUUCCAGCCGGGGCCGCGGAGGUCGAGGAGCAGCAAGGGGAGGUACUGGGAGCAGAGGGAGGGGAGGGAGAGGCCGCGGCGGCGGCGAUGGUAAUAAUACAGUGCGGUGGAGUAGACACGAUGAGGGCGAAGAGGAUGGUGGAAGUGGUGAGGGUGAAGAAGAGGAGCAGGCUACGGACGACGAGCAAGAAGUAGAGCUCAAUCCGGCCUUUCCAUCGCUCAAGAAUGGAUUGCGUCACACAUCGCAUAAAGCUGAGCAUGUCACGAAGACUACUGCCAAUCAAACGGCGGAUGGUGAGCAGUCUACGGGAGGCAUCCCUUCGCACCAAUCCACAGGCCUUGAAACGAGUGCGACAGAGGAAGCGUCCGAGUCAGAACCAGAAGUGGACAUCUCCAACCUGCUUGCUCGAGUGUCUGCUCUCGGUGAAGAUGCGCCAGUCCAAGGAUUCGCUGCAGGCGAUACGCGCGCAGAUGGCAACGUCACAGGUCAGAUUCAUGAGGACUUCAACGUGCAAAAAGACACCGAUCAAUCAUUGGCGUAUCUCCACGCGAGGCAACAGACGAGGGAUGCUCGCACACGGAGCGCCAUGAAGCGGGCAGACGAGAGCUUCAGGAAAGAUCGGGCAUCUGGUGCGGACAAUGAGAUGUCAGCAGAAGAAAGAGAGAGAAGAAGGAAGGAAGAGGAGGAAAUGCUGAAGGAGAGGGAAAAGGCCGAGGCGGUCACAUGUGAGUCCGUUUGAGUCGACUGCCGCACGUCUCUAUCUCUUCAUCAGCGGUGGCUGACGGCGUGGCUAUCCCUGCCCCUUCCACCAGCUCUGAAAGAGCGCUUCAGGGGGCACAAAGUAGGGGAGCGAAGGGAAGCUGCAGCGACGAGAACUUCCGCAUCGUCUGCUGCCAAAGGCGGCGAAGUACGCGCUUCUCGCGCGCAUUCACAGCAUCCAGAAGACAGGCGACUCAAUGGCCCAGCUCUUGCUUUGCAGAGAUCGACCAAUACAGAUGAUCUAGAUGCCCUGCUCGGCAUAUCUUCUCCACUCAGAUCAUUUUCAGCAACCUCUCGGUCUCCAGCGCGACCGCCUUCGCCAUCAGCGUCCUCUGCCGCUUUGCUGUCCAUGGACGGAGCGGCAUCCCGAGGCCCCACCUCGGAGGUGACCCUGACUGCUCUCGAACGGGAGAAACGUCGAGCCCAAGAGGCGGAACAGCGUCGUGCGAAGGGCGAGGCAGCGCUUCAAGAAGCCCUUCAAAACAUGGGCAUCAAGAAUACUGGCCAUGCAAGUCAGGGCAAGGGCGAUGCGAGGAAAGCCGAGACUUCCAGAGCGAAGACGACCGCUCUCGACUCCCACCAGGAGUUCUUGGACGAGAUGCUUGGCUGA